CUUUUGACGUAAAUUUGACAAAAGCUGGAUACCUUCUAGCCAUAUGACCCAGUUAUGUUUGGCUGUUUUAGAUUGUUGACCCGGUAGCGAAUGUAGGAGGGGUCAUUCGAGUUACCCGCUCACGAACAUGGCGUGGAGGGGUUGCGUUUUAAGAUGGGCUAGGGCUGACAUCAUUAGUACAGCAACCAGAGGAAACAGAUUCACCCUCAACACUCAACAGAGAUGUGGCUUCAGGAAAGCAGCGAAGGAGACAAAGACCAAGAAGGGGGUCAUAGAGGAGACGGGGCCCUCACACACAGAGCCCAAUGAAGGGCUCAUCCACAAGAGGGGUGCAUCUCCCCCCGUGGAGCCCUCAGUGGCAAACACACACCCCAGGAGAUUUGGCAGACUGGUCAAGCCCCUGGUGUUCACAAUAGGGUUUACAGCCUGUUCAUUUGGCACAGCGGCCAUCUGGCAGUAUGAGUCACUAAAGUCCCGGGUCCAGAGCUACUUUGACGAGGUCCGGGCCGAGGGUCUGGAGAAACUACGGCCGCAGAAACAGGAGGAUCUUCGCAAAUGGAUCAACAAGUGGUGGAACAGCUUGAGUGAGGGACAACGUACUGUUACAGGGAUCAUAGCUGCUAAUGCCGUGGUGUUUUGCUGUUGGAGAGUGCCAUCCCUCCAGCGCUCUAUGAUCAAAUACUUCACAUCCAACCCUGCCUCCAAAACCCUGUGUUUCCCCAUGCUUCUGUCCACGUUCAGCCACUACUCCUUCUUCCACAUGGCGGCCAACAUGUAUGUCCUCUGGAGCUUCUCCUCCAGCAUCGUCUCUAUGCUAGGCAGGGAGCAGUUCAUGGCCGUCUACAUGUCUGCAGGUGUUAUCUCUACGCUGUUCAGCUAUGUGUGUAAGACAGCCAGCGGGCGCUUAGGUCCCUCUCUUGGAGCGUCAGGAGCCAUCAUGACAGUCUUGGCUGCCGUCUGUACCAAAAUGCCAGAGGCUAAGCUGGCAAUCAUCUUCCUACCGAUGUAUGCUUUCUCUGCAGGCAAUGCAUUGAAAGCCAUAGUAGCUAUGGACACAGCUGGCCUAGUUUUAGGAUGGCGGUACUUCGACCACGCGGCCCAUCUAGGCGGAGCUAUUUUUGGCAUCUGGUACAUCAUGUAUGGCCACGAGCUGAUAUGGAAGAAUCGCGAGCCUCUAGUGAAGGUGUGGCACGACCUUAGGACGAAGGGUCCUGGUGGGGGAGGAAACGGUGGCAGCGGCCCCCUGUAGAGCGCACUGGACUGGGUGAAUGCAUAUGGAUGGACUGGCCUUGUUAAUUCAUACAUAAAUUAACAGAUACAUAAAUUAACAGAAGAUUGUCAGUAGUAUCAACUGCCUUGCUGGCCACACAAACCAUAGCCCAACUCUCCAUUUACCCCACACACACAAGCUCUACGUUUGUCUCUCACACUCACACAUGUAAAUGCCAUCUGUAUUCAGUGCUCUCUCUCACUAACUUAUACACACACACUACAAAAUAAUGCAGGGCUUUUGUGAUAGUCAUGCUUAUAUGUGUUUGUGAGAGAAGAGAGGACACAAUGGGGACAUAUUGUGAAUACAGGCCCUAGUGUAACUCAACAAAGUGUUGAUCUCGAAUUAGUUUAACCUUUUUACAUCAUAAUCAUUAAGAUUAUAUUUGAAUACGUACCCAGGAGCCUACGGGUCGUCAACAUCUCCCCAAAUGCUGAGGUGGAGGCCGUAAACCCUAAGAUACGAAAGCCACACGGUCACGAAACCUCUCCCACUGUCAGUACAGGGUAGGGCGCUAUAGUGUCAAAACCAAUGAUAUCACAUCUACAUGUGUUUUUAUAUGAUGAUACACGUGUAUAUGAUAUAAAUUUUCAAAAGCACUCAUUAGCAGGUGUUAAUGUUUUGUAGACUCAGUGUGUGUACAGGAAUAUUUGUUGUAGAUUAAAAACCAUUUAGUUUGUUAUUUGAUUCAAAUAAAAUGUGUAUUUGUCUUGUG